AUGUCGUCCUUGCUCUCCGACGAACCCUUUGCGGGUUCCCCCGGCGAAUCUCCCUCUUCUCCAGGAGAGGUUAACCCCCAAAACUCGUUUGUUGACUCGAAGCUUCAGUCCCCGACGGUUCGUGGCGUGAUUCCAACAGUGGCGGUACCGUCGUACGCCGAGAGAUUCAAGUCUUCGCUAAGAAAUCUCAAGAAGAUUUCGAAUCCCACCUUUCUCGCGGAUGGAACUCCAAUGGUUCAGGCUCCAACAUUAGUCCUUAUGAAGACGGCAGAGAUCUGGAAAGACCACAUCGUUGCUCACUUUCACGGAACUUGCCCUCCUCCUGGAAAGAUUUUUGCAGAUCUAAACACGGUGUGGGGGAAGUUUGGUGACAUUACCAUAAGCAUGAGGUCGGAAAACUCUUGUUUGAUAUACUUCCCCAACGUUCAGUCUCGCGAGUGGGUGUUGCAGGUUGGAUACUGGCAAGUCGACCAUUGUGCAGUCUCUGUUUUCCCCUGGACAGCAGAGGGUACUCUGCAAGACUUGGAACUUCGUUUCGCUCCUACUUGGGUCAUUUUGAAGAGUAUCCCACCUCAGCUCUACUCUCUUGAUGGGAUCAGUGUUGUUGCUAGUGCUAUCGGAGAGCCGUUGCACACGGAGAAGUCGCGUCUGGAACCCUAUCAUUUUGGAGACACAAAAGUAAAGAUUGAGAUUGAUUUGUCAGUGUUGCCUCCUGAAGUUGUGGAGGUAAGAGACGCAGAAAACAACUCAGUGAGGAUCAAGAUUGAGUACCCAAAGCUACCUCCCAAGUGUUGUAACUACGGGAAGUUUGGCCACCUUAUGAAUCGUUGCCCGAAACCGCCUAUGAAGAGAAAGUUCCAGCAUCCAGCUCGAGAGAAGGAGAGAGUUAAGGUAGCAAUGGCUCCACCAUCAGUAUCUGUUUCAGAGAGUAAGAUGGAAGUGGUGACAGUGGGAUCAGAGUUAACGCUAGCUCAGUCAGGAGAUGAAGCUAUAAUCGAAGCUGCGUCAAGUGCCUCCCCUAGCACGCAAAAGAGAGCUCGUUCUCGAUCCAGAGCGAGGGCUCGUAGGAGGAGCAGAUCGACGCAUCCAGCCUUUCGUCUCAGGGCUACCAGUUGCGAUGGAGCAGGAGAAGUUGCUUAUGACGGGUCUGAUGAUAAGCUUGGUAGUGAGGCUCCAGAAGAAAAGUUCUCAAAUUUGGAGAAGGUAGCUGAUGAAAGAAAUGAUUUGGGUGGAGAUAAUCUAAAGAAUGUUACUGCUAAGUCGGAUGAAGAGGGAAGUAUCUGGCUGCAACCAAAAUCAGCGAAGCGGGCGCAAAAGCAGAAGGCUCGCCAAGCUUUAUGGAAUGCUUCGGGAGAAGUUCAGAGGAGAAGUCUGUGGUUGGAGCUAGUGGAGUUGUCUGGCAGGAGGCUGGUUAAGGAAUCACCGUUGCUUGUGUUGGGAGAUUUUAAUCAGAUUAGAGCAGCUUCUGAGCAUUUUUCCAUUUCCUCGUAUCCUCUUCCGGUGAGUGGAAUGGGAGAGCUCCAGGAGUGUCUGUUGGAUUGCGGUCUUGAUGAUUUGGAAACGCGAGGAGUCUUCUUCUCUUGGUCAAAUGGGAGACCCGAUGAUCCCAUCUUAAGGAAACUUGAUAGAGCCAUGGGAAAUGAUGCAUGGAGGCAUUGUAAUCCAGAUGUUGUGGCGGUGUUUGAAGCUCCAGGAGACUCAGAUCACGCUCCUUGUGUGGUGGAUUUUGAAGUGGUUCCAGAAAUAAGGAAACCUAGUUUCAAGUAUUUCUCCUUCAUGUCCACGCAUCCGAGGUAUCUGGAAAACAUCCAAGCAGCUUGGAACAAAAAAAUUCUUGUUGGUUCGCGGAUGUUUUCUCUAAAACAGAGACUGAAGGAGGUGAAGGGAGCGUGCAGGGAGUUGAAUAGAGUGGGGUUUGAUAACAUCCAGCAGAGAAAAAAAGAGGCAAUAUUGCAGAAUCCAAAAGAGGCAAUGUAG